AUGAAGACCCACGGUAACAGAGGCUUCGCCACAACUGGACCACUCCACGUAGCAUCUCUUCCCCGAGCCUCACCGGAAAUUUCCCUUCGCCGCCAACUUCCAGCCGGAAUCCAUGUUUUUCGGCGAGUUUCAUACGGUAAACGUCACCGCACCAAAAUCUCCGUCAUUCUCCGCCAGAAUCAGGCCGAAACUUCCAAGCAGAAUAUCGCAAAUUCGAUAGAAAGUGCUGACGAUUGCAACGAAGCUCGCCGGAGUCCGCUCCACACGAGGCGACACGCGCUACUCGCCCCUUCGCUGGCGCUCGGCGCGUGGUUUCUAAAAUCGACAGUGGCGAGCGCAGAGGACGCUCCGUCGCCACCGCCGUCGCCGUCACAAACAGUACCAGUGCCGACAGCUGAUGAGAAGAAAAAAGAGGAGGAUGAGAUAACGUCAAGAAUAUACGACGCGUCGGCGAUUGGAGAGCCCGUGGCGGUGGGGAAGGACAAGAGCAAGGUGUGGGAGAAGGUGAUGAAUGCUCGGAUAUUGUACUUAGGUGAAGCCGAACAGGUUCCGAUUCGCGACGACAAAGAAUUGGAGCUGGAGAUUGUGAAGAACUUGUGGAAAAGGUGUUUGGAGAGUGAGAGAGCCUUAUCUUUGGCUCUUGAAGCAUUUCCUUCUGAUCUUCAGGACCAACUCAAUCAGUAUAUGAAGAAAAGAUGGAGAUGCUUUGAAGUCCUACACAUCACAUUGGCCACCUCAACGCUGGCAGGAGUUUUACGGACUGUCCAAUCGGAGGGAAUUAGUGGGCUUUCAAAGGCUGAUCGUAAAGCGUAUGCUCCUCCAGCAGGUUCAGGCUUUAUCUCAGGCUUCACUUCUAGCACACGCAGAACACCAGUUGAUUCGAAUUCUCCGAAUCAAUCUGUGCCUUUUGGGCCAAGCUCGUAUCUUUCUGCACAAGCAAGAGUGGUUGAGGAUUAUACUAUGUCCCAGAUUAUCUUACAGGCCAUGGUGGAUGGAGGAGCAAGUGGUAUGCUAGUGGUGGUGACAGGUGCAAGCCAUGUUAGAUAUGGGAUUAGAGGGACAGGACUGCCAGCUAGAAUUUCAACAAAGUUGCAAAAGAAAAACCAAGUAGUUAUAUUACUUGAUCCUGAAAGACAGCACAUACGACAGGAGGGAGAAGUUCCUGUUGCUGAUUUCUUGUGGUAUUCUGUUGCCAGACCCUGCAACAGGAAUUGUUUUGAUCGUGCUGAAAUUUCCCGAGUUAUGAAUGCAGCAGGCAGGAGGCGAGAUGCCCUUCCACAGGAUCUUCAAAAAGGACUGGAUCUUGGUUUGGUAUCUCCAGAGGUAUUACAGAACUUCUUUGAUCUGGAGCAGUAUCCUCUUAUUUCAGAACUCACUCAACGUUUCCAGGGUUUCAGGGAAAGAUUGUUGGCAGAUCCUAAGUUCUUGCAUAGAUUAGCCAUCGAAGAAGCUAUAUCAAUAACUACUACUCUCUUUGCACAGUAUGAGAGGCGAAAAGAAAAUUUCUUUGAAGAGCUGGACUAUGUUAUCACAGACACUCUAAGGGGAUCAGUUGUUGAUUUCUUUACAGUGUGGCUUCCUGCCCCGACAUUGUCGUUUCUUUCAUAUGCCGAUGAGAUCAAUGUGCCUGAUAGCAUGGAUGCUAUUAAAGGUCUCAUUGGGUCCAUCCCUGAUAAUGCAUUUCAAAAGAAUCUUUUGGGGAAAGAUUGGAGUAUCAAUUACAGACUUGCAUCUGUGCUUUUGGGUGGUCUAAAACUAGCUGGUGUUGGAAUUAUUUCCAGUAUUGCGGCUGUUGCUGCCUCAAAUGGUCUGUUUGCAGUUCGCAGAUUCAUUAAUCCAGGUCUGGUCAUUAAUCAGCAAAAGAAAAGAACUCCAAUACUUAAAACGGCGAUAAUCUAUGGAGGCUUUCUUGGAACAUCGGCAAAUCUCCGUUAUCAGAUUAUUGCUGGAGUAAUAGAACAUCGACUUUCUGAUGAAUUUUCUUCUCAAACAUUACUUGUAAAUAUGCUGUCUUUUGUUUCUCGGACAAUAAACUCUUAUUGGGGAACUCAGCAAUGGAUUGAUCUUGCACGCUUUACUGGUCUGCAAACACGGAAGAGUGAAUCGUCCCAAAUGCUAGAUUCUACUAACCAAACGCCAGAUUCUACUAACCAAAUGCCAGCACUGGAAUGUAACAACACAGAGGAGACAAAUGUAGAUGAAAUCCAGAACAAAUGA